UUACGGCCACACCAGCCACCAUAAAAUAAUAUGCAGUCAGGCGCCCCACUGAGUGAGUCCGUAAUGGCGGAGCUCGACGAGAGAGACGCUGUCCAGCUUCAUCAGGAGGACGUCGAUAUAAAAGGUGUCGCGAAUAUCCACGAUACCAAUGAUCUACAAGCGGUGAAGAAUGAGGCGCAUACAGAGGGAGAUGCCAAGCCGUCGACUACCACAAUAGAGAGACACAUCUCCAUCCAGUCCCAGCUAGAGGUCCUUGAGCAGCUGGUAGAUCUGAACGGUGCUGGACGCAAAUCCUGUCCUCUGUGCCCUGAGGAGAAGUUCAAGGCCUGCUACAGCCACAAGCUGCGGCGCCACCUCCACAACCUCCACUGGAAGGUCUACGUGGAGUUUGAGGGUCAGCGGAUGUGCAUCUGCCACCUGCCGUGCAGGAACCUGAAGCCCAGCCCAGGUGGAGACCAGACAUCAGGGAGGCAUGUGGCUCACUACCACUGUGUGGUUUGCUCCAGCACCAUCGCGCGCAAGACCGACAUGAUCAGCCAUCUCAAGCGCCACGUCAACAAGGGAGAGACGGAGGCCAGCUACUCGGGGAACUGGGAGAUGCUGUGUGAUGAACCGGCCCAGUCCGGUCAGGCCUACGAGAUCAUGAAGGAGCUUGGAACCAAUGUCCAGCUCCUGCCGAACCACACCACGCCACAGAAGUCCGACACCUACUUCAACCGUAAGAUGAAGAGCAACAGGCAGCUGGUGUUCUGUGCGCUUGCAGUUCUUGCAGAGGAGAGGAAUCCAGUGGAGUGCCUGGAUGCUUUUGGGGCAACAGGGAUCAUGGGCCUUCAGUGGGCCAAGCACCUCCGCGCCACGGUCAGGGUGACCAUCUCGGACAUUAGCGAGACCUGCGUGAAGAUGAUCCGGGAGAACUGCCAGCUGAACAGCAUCCGCGUGGGCGGGGCCUCUCCGGGCGCCGCGGGGCCCGAGGAGCUGGCGGCCGGCGAGGGGGACGCCAUCGCCACGGUGGAGGUCGCCAAGAUGGACGCCAACGUCAUGAUGCACCUGCGCUCCUUUGAUUAUAUUCACCUGGACCCGUUCGGGACCACCGUGAACUACCUGGACGCGGCCUUCCGCAACGUGCGCAACAUGGGCAUCGUGUCGGUGACGUCCACGGACACGGGCUCGCUGUACUCCAAGAGCCCCAACGUCACGCUGCGCCACUACGGCUGCCACAUCGUCCGCACCGAGUACUACCGGGAGCUGGCUGCCCGCAUGGUGGUGGCCACCGUGGCCAGGGCGGCCGCCCGCUGUAAUAAGGGCAUGGAGGUGCUGCUGGCGGUGGCGCUGGAGCACUUUGUGCUGGUGGUGGUGCGGGUCCUCAGGGGCCCCACGCAGGCGGACGAGGCGGCCAAGCGGCUGCGGCAGCUGAUCCACUGCCAGUGGUGCGAGGAGCGGGUGUUCCUGAAGAGGGGCAGCCUGGUGGACGACACCAGCCAGCUGCCCUGCCACUGCCAUGGGAGCAUGCCCGGCAAGACGGCGGUGGAGCUGGGCCCGCUGUGGUCCGGGCCGCUGUUCAACACCGGCUUCCUGAGGAGGAUGCUGUUUGCGGCCGUGCAGCACAGCAUGGAGGACAUCCAGGCUCUGGUGAAAACACUCAUCUGUGAGUCGGACUGCACCACCCUCAAGUCCUUCGCCCACGGGCCCUCGGCGCUGGCCAACCAAGAAUGUGGGGUGGUCAUUAAGACACUGGAGAGGGCGGAGGACAGCGGCGCUGGAGACCAGCCAGGGAAGAGGAAGACUGGGGAGGAGUCUGGUAGCAUCGUGAAGAAGCUGAAGUCCGAGGCGUCACUGGAGCAUCCUGCGUUCUACUACAGCAUCCACCGCCACAGCAUCAAGGGCCUCAACAUGCCCAAGCUGAACAAGUUCCUCCAGUACCUGACGGAGGCGGGCUUCAGGGUGAGCCGGACGCACUUCGACCCCACCGGGGUGCGCACGGACGCCACGCUGGAGCAGUUCAAGGCGGUGCUCACCAAGUACAGCGUGCCCUCGUACGCCGGCAACGCCUCCGCCGGCCACCAGGGCGGCCCGGCCACCGAGAACCCAGCCUGAGGCAAAGAGCCGCUGGAGGCCUCCUCUCUGCUCCUCUCUGCUGGGGGGCCCCCUCUCUGAGGGGGCCCUCCUCUCUGUUGGGGGGGCCCCCUCUCUGCUCCCCCUGGGGCCGAUGGGGUCUCUGUUGGAUCCCAGCCCUGCUGGUUCCUGGUGGAGUCCGGACUGCACUGAUGUCAUAAUGUAGACAUGUGGGGUUCUUUUAGUUUUUUUAUUGAAUGUACUUUUGCAAAAAAAAAAAUGAUAAGAUGUUCAGGACUUUUAACAGAUGUGUGAAUUAUAAAAAAAAUAAAUAAAAAAAAGGCAGAACCACAGACGGGAUGGAGUUUUGACUAAUCAGCUUAUUAUUUAAUUGAAGUGUCUCUGUUUGAUCUACUCUGCCAGAAAAACAAUAAUAAACAUUUUUAUGGAAA